AUGCCUGGAGCAGCUGGACAAUUUUGUGAACGUUGUGACCAUGGCUUCUGGCAUUACAGUUCUCAAGGCUGUCAAAAAUGUGAUUGUGAGGCUGAUUUAAGUAUGGGAACUGUCUGUGAUGUAAAUACCGGUCAAUGCCAUUGUCAAGAAGGAGCUACUGGCUCUAGAUGUGACAAAUGUUUGACAAAUUAUUUGCGAGUACCUGGAUAUGGAUGCCGCCUUUGUGACGAAUGUGUUUAUGCUUUGGCUCAGGAAACUGAUCAAAUGGAAUCAAAUGUUGCCCAUCUUCGAUCACUUCUUUCAAAUGUUUCCAGUGAAACUCUUACAGGCGCUCGUCUCAAUCGCAUCCAAAAACAAAUUGGAGAAUUAGAACCAGCGUUGGAGAGUGUUAUUGCAUCAAAUUCCCCAGAAGCCGAAGAAAUUUCCUCUCAAAUUGCACCUAAAGCACGUUCUUUAAAUGAAGCAGCUUCUGCCGCAGCAAUACGUUCACAAAGAGCAACAGAGCAAUUAUCUACUUUAGAUAAAAGACUUGAUAAAAGUUAUGAACAACUUGGGGAAAUCCGUACAAAUGCUCAACAAUUAUUGGAAAUGACUAGAUUAACUAUUGAUAAAAUUGGGAAACUUGGACGGCGUUUUGAAACACAAGCUCCAUUAGAUAUAAACAGAGAAGAAUUAAGAAAUCAAUCAGAAGCAAAAUUGAAAAUGAUUAGAAAAGUGGAUGGAGGAAUUGAGGAAGCGCUUUCUGAAGCAAGAAAACAUCUUACAAAUGUUAUGGCAACACAAGAAAGAAUUGGAGAAUUAAAAGGAAGAAAUGAUGAAUUAAGCAAUAAAAUUGGCGAAGAAAGAGGACGUUUGGAAAAAUUAAAUGAAUGGAGAGAAGCGUUUGAAGAUGAAUUAAAAACAGUUAAAAGUUCAUUGGCUGAUAUAAAAAAUAGUUUGGAUUCUCGUUCAAUGUUUUCACUACGUGCUCUAAUUGAUGGAAUCGAAAAAGAUGCCAAAGCACUUGAGAGAAGCAGUUCUGAACAAGAAUCUCAUUUAGGCAAUGUCACAAAUUUACUUGAGGAAAUAACUAAUCAACGGGGAAUAAUUGACCAACUUUUGUCAGAACUAUCAGAAUUAAAAAAUCAACUUCCUCCAAUUGAUGACAGCACUUUUCGUAUUCGUCGAGAGACAGAAAGAGCAAUCAAACAAAAACUUCAACAUAAAGUUGCACAGUUGGAAAUAGAAGCACAAAAAGUUGUUGCGAUAUAUGAUGCUGCACGUUUAGAAGCUAAGAAGGCUAUGGAAGCAGCAAAUAUUUAUAAAGAAGUAAUUGAAGGAAUGAAACAAGCAAGAAUACAAUCUUUGGAUGCCGAAAACAGAAUGCGUGAAGCUGGAGAACAUAUUCGUUCCCAAAAUGGAAAUGCUAAAGAAGCUAGGAAUAAAAGUAAAAUAUUAAAAGAAAGAAGCUCCUCGAGUGUAGAAGCCCUUGGAGAAGCAAAGGCAAGAGUUGAGGCUCUCACUAAAAGAGAAGAACAAUUGGCUCCUUUGAUAACCAAAAUUCGAAAUGAUUUAUCUGAAAUUAGCCAACAAUCACUUAAAGGAGGGGAUGAAAACCAGCUAGAUAUUGACACAAUUAGAGAUAAGGCUGAUCAAUCACAGCAAAGAAUUGAACCUUUAAAUGAAAGUUUCCAAAAGAUGGGCAAACAAUUAGAAGGUGUUGGCAAAAAAGUUCGGGAAUUGGUGGAUUCAAGUGGUAAAGCUUUUGAAGAUACUGCAACUGCUAGAAAUCAAAUACAACAAGUAAUUAAAUCAAUGCCUGAAUUAAAAGAAGAAUGGGAAGAUUCUCAAAAAAGAAUUGAACAAACAAUAGCUAAUGUAAAAGAAACUCGUUCAAAAUUAGCCCUUUUAAAAGAGAAAGUUAUUCUUGCAAGAGACAAGGCAAAUCGUGUUAAAUUGGGUGCACAUUUUGAGAGAGGAAGUUAUUUGGAAUUGCCACUUCCCCAAACUUCUGAUGAUUUUGCUGAAGUCACAGAUGUUCGAUUCUUCUUUAGAACACGUGAACGAAAUGAAUUUUUGGGAAUUGAAUUGGAAAAUGAACGGCCAAAAAUGACUUUAAAUCUUGGUGGAAAAGCAGCAAAUCUUUCACAUUUGUCUACACCUGUUAGUGAUAUGAAAUGGAGAGAAUUAGUUAUACAAAGAAGAGGGAAACGUGCUUUAAUGAAAUUAAGUAAACCUGGAGGAAAUGUUGAGGAUGGACCUGAGGAAGAAAAAAAUAUUGAAUUAAUUGGUGGAAAGUCUAUUUUAAACUUUUUUGACGAUUUACGUCAUUUAUUUGUUGGUGGUAUUCCACCAACUUUUCUUUUGCCAUCAGCUCUACAACAAAGACAUUUUACGGGUGAUUUAGAUAAAUUGAGUGUAAAUGGAGAAUUAAUUGGGUUUUGGAAUUCUGAAAAGUCCCAUGGAGUAAGUGGGUCUGAAAUGCGUCAAUUACCCGAUUCUGAGAAAAUUGCUGAAAAUGAAGUUACUUUUAAUGGUAGAGGAUAUUUACAAAUGGAUGUUGGACCUUGGAAUCCUCGAAAGAGAACAGCUAUUAUUUUGUCUUUUUUGAGUUAUUCCCCGGAUGGUUUACUCUUUUUUGUUGGCAAAGAUCGGGAUCAAUUAGUACUUGAGUUGGUUGGUGGUAGAGUUAGUCUUCUUUUUGAUUUGGGUUCUGGUCCAGCUAAAUUAGUUAGUAAUGAAGAGAAAUAUAAUGAUGGAAAAUGGCAUUUAGUUGAAGUUGAUAGAAAUGAAAAAACAGCUAAAUUACAAGUUGAUGGAAGUGAUAAAAUUGAAGGUGAAUCCCCUGGUUCUCUUUUUGAAAUGAGCGUUUCUGAUUCAUUUUUCCUUGGAGGAUUACCCACAACCAUUGAAACAACUCGUUUUGCUGUCCAUCCAUUCCGUGGCUGUAUUCGAAACCUAAAAUUGGAUAGUGAUUAUAUUUCAUUAGCUCGUCCAAAAGCAUCAAAAGGUGUUCAAUCUUCGUGUGUUAAUCGUGAUGUUCGUGUUGGUACUUUACUUUCUGAACGUUCAUUUGCACAAUUUACCGGCCUUUCGCUUGAUGGACAAUUAGAAUUAUGUUUCCGUUUUCGUCCAUCUAUUUCUAUAAAUUCUCAACAAGAAGUUCAUUUACUUAGUGUAAUGGUUAAUAAUGAUCAAGAAGAACUUCUUCGUGUACAUUUGGAGGAAGGAGGACGUUUCUUAGCAAUUCGUCCAAAUGGGGAUGAUACAGGAUUAAUUAAAACAGAAUUAAGUCAUCGUUUGGCUGGUGGUUGGCAUCUUUUGUGUGUUCAUCGAAAUUCUAAAAUAAUGCAUGUUUUUGUUGAUGAUGCUAUUGAUGAACAAACUCAAGCACCAAUUGAAGGAAUUGAUUUACUUAAUUCAAAAGAUGUUCUUUUGGGUUUUGGCCGGUUAGAAUCUUCCCCUUCAUUUGUUGGAUGUAUUGGAGAUAUUCUUUUUGGAGGACAAUUACUUUCUUUGGCACAAAGUAGUGCUAAUGAAUUAACACUUUCUGGAUGUUCAAUUGCUGGAUUAAAUGAAUUUACAUCUUCAAUUGAUGAAUCUUUGCCUGAUCUUCCAUUACCCGCAGUUAAUGCUGAACGGCAAACACAAGAAGAGAAGAAAACGGGGGAAAUAUUAAAUGAAUCUAAAAUUAUUUCCUCAACAAUUCCCUCAGCAAAAGUUCGUCCAGAAGGUGAAUGUGCUUUACCUUUAAAACCUCAUGGAGAACGUGAAGAUAGUUCUGGAUUACGUUUUGGUCUUUCCCCAAAUACUCGUUUAGAAUUUGAUGUUGGGGAAAUUACUGGAUCUGAUUUAGUAUUUACAGUAGAAUUGAGGGCUACAGCAGCAAAUGGAAUUAUAAUGUUUGUAACAGAUGAAAGACAUAGUCAAUUUGCUGCAAUUUAUUUAUUAAAUGGAAAACCAGCAUUUUCUUCAAAAAGUUCUUCUUUUGGACAAUUAACAAUAACAAGUAGUCAAUCAUUAUUAGACGGUGAAUGGCAUUCAAUACGUGUACAACGUGAAGGUUUAGCUUCGGCUUUAUAUAUUGAUGGACAAUUAAAUGUACAAAAUAGAAGUGAAGAAUUAUUAACAAAUUCAAUAAAUACAAAUAAUUUAAAUUUACAAUCUCCUUUAUUUAUUGGGGGACUUCCAAUUGAAUUAAUUCCGUUUUCUGCACGUUUUUUGUUUGGCGUUAAAUCAGAAUUUGGUGGUUGUUUACGUAAUUAUGCUUUUAAUGAUCGUCAAUUGGAGGAAUUACCUUUAGUAAAAGAAAGUGGGACAGUACCUUGUUCUCAAUUUAAAGAGCCAGGUUUAUUUUUUGGAAAAGAAGGGGGAUAUGCUAUUUUGGAUAGACAAUUAGUGGUUGGAACAUCGUUUAGUUUAGAAUUAGAAUUAAAACCUCGAACAAAAAAUGCAGUUAUUGUGUCUGUUGGAGUUUUGGACUUUUUAAGUUUACAAUUAUUAAAUGGAAGUGUUAAAUUUUCUGUUGAUAAUGGAAAUGGUGUUGAAUCAGUUUUGUAUGAGCCCCCAAUUGGGACUUCUCUUUGUGAUGGGCAUUGGCAUCAAGUGAAAAUUUAUAAAAAGAAAAAGUUGUUAACGUUAAAUGUUGAUGGAAAAAGUAGUCUUCGAGUAUUGGGGAAAAAAUCGGCAUCAGAAACGAGUACACACGAUCCUUUAUAUUUGGGUGGAGUUCCUCGUGAUAGCCAUAUGUUGGUUGUAUUCGUGUAA